GUCUUCUAACAGCUUAUCGAAUAAUCCCAUUAUUUUCCCAAAUCUUUCCACUCAAUGUCCGCCUCAAGAAAACAUAGAGUUCGAUAAUGUGACCAGUUUUUCCGCAUUGCUGCUGUCGACCGAUACUCCCGACACGAUGGGCUUAUUAUAAAUAUAUUGGACUGAUUUUGAAUAGCACAAGAUAAAAAGGCGCCAGUAAAGCUUUCCGGUAGUGUCGUAGUGCAUUUUCCUCAGUUAUUCCUUUGAGAUGUCGCGCAUCGAUACCGCCCUUACUCGAUUGUUGGACAUCAAAACCCCUGUGGUUUGCGCACCCAUGGCCGGUGCUAGCGGAGGUGCUCUAGCUGCCCAAGUUACCGACGGAGGCGCCUUUGGCUUUUUGGGUGCAGGAUACGACACUCCCGAUAAGCUCCAGGAGGAGCUAUCACUAGCUCGAUCGGUGCUGCGGCUACAGUCUGUUGACCGCCUCCCAAUAGGAGUAGGCUACCUAGCCUGGCAACUAGAACAGUCGCCCUCAAGGGCGUUCGAGUUGAUCGAUAUCGCUUUGGAGAACCGCGUACAGGCUAUCUGGCUCGCAUUUGGCUCAGAUUUGAGUCGAUGGGUACGGUAUAUCCGAGAAUACGAUUCACGCCCAGAACGGAACCACAAGACUUUGAUAUGCGUACAGGUCUCCUCUGUCCAAGGCGCUCUCGUUGCCAUCAGCGACUUGAAAACAGACAUUCUUGUGGCACAAGGAAACGAAUCUGGAGGACAUGGUUAUGGCUCCUCCCCUUCCCUUCUCACGCUGUUAUCGUCCAUCUUGGCAGACGCCCCAAAGGAUGCUCCUCCUAUUCUAGCUGCAGGAGGGCUGUCAGAUGGAUCCCAACUCGCUUCCCUGUUGGUACUAGGUGCAGCUGGCGUCGUACUCGGCACCCGCUUUCUCUUGACGCCAGAAAGUCUCUACACGGAUGCGCAAAAGCGUGCUCUCGUGGCUGCAAAGUCUACUUCGACAGUGAGAACGAUGGCGUUUGAUCGCGUCAGAGGGACGCUAGGUUGGCCCAGUGGCGUUGAUGGAAGGGCGCUCUAUAAUAAUACUGUUCGGGAUAUGGAUAGUGGUACUGAUAUCAGCGUUGUCAAAGAACAAUUCGUCGAAGGUGUGCGGAGCGGUGAUGCCGAUCGAAUGUUGGUUUGGGCAGGAACAGGCGUCGGUCUGAUGUCUGAGAUCAAAGGUGCAAAGGAUAUUGUUCGGGAGCUGCAUCACGCCACCAUACAAUAUCUGAAUGCCGCAUCAAGGUUCGUUGUCAACAAGCAACACGAAGGAUGAAUCGAUGUAUACGAAAUUAUAUAUUUAUUCUUAUCGUAGUCAGCCAAUGGUAGCCAGCUCUCAAACUCGUUUCCAGGGUCUUGGUAGUGAGAGUCAGUUCGAGUCGACGUUCCCUCGAGAGUAUCUCAGGACUUUUGGGGUUGUUCUGUAAGCCUGUAUACUACUAAAUUUGCAUACACCAGUAAUGGGGUUUCCCAGUCGUCACCUCUUACC